GAGCACACGGAGUCUCUGAGGCUCUCUAAUUGCCCCACCGUGUGCGAAUGCAAAUGUGGCAUCGGGUGUGGGAUGCAAGCGGGUGGGAAUGCUGAAAAAAUGCACAUCAAUGGAAUGCUCGUCGGGCUAAAGUGGCAGUGGAAGUGCAUGCGUUUCGGAAUAUGGAGGGUUUUCCAUACGAUGGCACUGUGUCAUCGCCAAUUCCCUUCUGUGUGGAGGAGCUGGACGAGGAGGAGUGUCAGGAUGAGGCGCCGGAAGGAGAGCCUCUCAACGCCAAAUCGGAUAAUUUCUCUGUGAAAUCACAAAACGAUGCCAACGCAGAAAAUGAAUCUUUCGACUUGGACGAACUUCUACCCUCGAUUUCGGAGUUUGGCAAGUACCAGAAACUUUUGGUGUUCCUCAUUUGUCUCCCAGCGUGCGUCCCAUGUGGUUUUGGUGCCUUCAAUCAACUUUUUAUGUCGGACAAUCCGUCUGAUUACUGGUGUGCAGUGCCUCAACUCAUGAACAAUUCGGAUAUUUCGGCAGUUGACAGACGUUAUUUGACCAUUCCGACUAAUGCAGACGGAUCAUACAGCAAAUGCUUGCGUUAUGCCGUGAAUUGGUCUGAAGUGCUGGAUAAGCACGAUGGAAAUCUACAGGACUUGAGGUCGCAGAAUAAUUCAUGGCCAGUGGAAAUGUGUUACGAUGGAUGGGAAUUCAAUACAACCGAUGCGCGAUCUUCAAUCGUUAUUGACUUUAGUUUGGUGUGCAAUCGUGAUAUUUACCCAACUCUCGGACUGUCUGCUUUAAACAUCGGCGGUCCAAUUGGUGUCUAUCUCUUCGGUCUCCUCAAUGAUCGCGUCGGCAGGAGGAUAUCUUACUUCUUCUGCUUAGCAACUCUUCUGCUCGGCAGCUUCCUCACUGCGGUGAGUCCCAACUUCUGGACAUGGGCAGCGAGUCGGAUCAUCGUGGGACUGACUAUUCCUGCCGUGUACCAAAUUCCAUUCAUAUUGGCUCUUGAGCUUGUUGGACCAGCGUACAGAUCCUUCGUCACCGUUAUGACGUGCACAUUCUACACCUUCAGUCUGAUGACUCUGGCCGGGAUUACGGCCAUAAUUGAUGACUGGAGAGCUCUUUCUCUGUACACAUCCGUGCCUUUUCUUCUCUAUUUUCUUUACGCAUUCGUAAUGCCAGAAUCUCCGAGGUGGCUUCUGGCUCAAAAUCGACUCGAAGAGGCACUCAAGGUAUUAGAAGUGAUGGCCAGAGUGAAUGGAAAAGAAUUUCCACAUUGGUUUCGAGACAAACUACAGCAUAGAGUUGCCAGUCGGAAACUCCGUGGCAAUGUUAAAGAGCCAAACAGAAGAGUUGGUGCAUUGGAUUUAUGCAGAACGCCGAAUAUGCGACUUAAGACAAUCCUCAUUACUUUGAAUUGGUUCGCCAAUGAAACUGUGUACUUGGGAUUGAGUUACUACGGACCAGAAUUGGGUGAUAACGCGCACUUAAGCUUUUUCUUCACGUCUCUCGUGGAAAUUCCCAGCUAUAUUCUAUGCUGGAUGAUUAUGGAUCGAUGGGGACGACGAUGGCCACUUUGUCUGCUCAUGAUCCUGAGCGGAAUAAGUUGUAUUGUGACUGUGAUGCUGCCUGAGGAAGCGAAGCUGGAUACACUUGUUCUCUUUCUCCUGUCCAAAUCCAUGAUCUCAGCGUCAUUCCUCAUCAUCUAUCCAUUCGCUGGAGAAUUGUAUCCAACCCAAGUGCGAGGCGUAGGAAUCGGCACUUCCAGCUAUAUCGGUGGUUUGGGCCUGAUUGGGAUACCAUUUAUCAAUUACCUUGGCAAGGACAAUCUGCGUCUACCGCUGGUUAUCAUGGGCGCUGUCUCAGUCGUUGGCGGCAUUACGGGUCUUCGCUUGCCAGAAACUCUUCAUCAUUGUCUGCCGCAGACCAUUGAAGAGGGAGAAAAGUUCGGCAAAGAUUGGAAUUGGCACGAGUGCUUCCGUUGCAUCCCAAUCCGUCCAGCAGUGGCGUCAAUAGGCUCUUAUGAGAAUCUCUCCAAGAAGGAUAAACACAACGAUCGUGUUGAACUCAAAGUGUCGAAAGGGAAGUACAGCGAAAAUUCACCUCUCGAGCGCCGUCGCGUACAAAGAAAUUCGAUGAAGCGUCUUGUUCGUCAGUCCAGCACAAUGGACACACAAAAAACCCACGAUGGAGCCAUGCAACUGACGUACUGGUUCUAACUCAAGCUUUAUGGUUGUAUGUACACUAAUGAAUAAAGAAUAUUCGUGUGA